AUGAGUCUUAAAGAUAUAGAGCAGACUUCCCAAUCGCCCCCUGCGGAGCGUCCCAUCCGCCUCUCCCGGAUCGCUGACGUCAUCGGCUCAGGGUGCAGUUUCCCCAUCAACACUGAUAACGAACUGGACAACGAUUGCCAGUCCUCAUGCGGUCUCGACCAACCACAAGCAUAUGAAAACCAAGAACCUCUAGAAAGACCCAACCCCGAAAAGGAAGUGAACGACACCUUCAUCAGACCUUUGGAACCCUCCUCCCACGACAAGCAACCCUCAAUCCCUCUCACUUUAGAAAGAAACAACAACAAUACUGAACCCUUGAAGAGUGAAAACGAAUCUUUCAAGUCCCAACUCCAUAACGUAGACAUCAUAGCAGAGUCCAAUUUCCUGGACUCAAACAAGCAGAAUUUGACAGAGAAUGGGACCAGGAUGAAAAGGGGGGUAAGAUUGGUGAGAAGGAUUGGGCCUGGCACUGUGAGGGUAGUCAGGCAGACCAAUGAGGCGAUACUGGGCAGUUCGGAUGAGAACCUUAGUUUGCAGUCGGAGGAGAUCGCGUGGAAAGAAUGCGACAAAGUGAACGUGGGUGUAUCCAGCAAGUCCGUCAGCAACUCCUCGCUUUUCCUGGAGCGUGUCUGUCCUCGAUCGGUGUACAACUACACCUAUACGGUGCCGUUGUCCCACUGUCUGCAUCAUAAGCAUGUGGAUAUAACCUUCAGAGCAACAAAACUCAAAGAGUUCCACCGCUGCGACUCGGCGGAUUGCCGACGCGAGGCCGGCUGCCGCAAGUUGUCUUACGUUGGUGAUUCAUGGAACGCCCCCUUGACUCUUGGAGUGGGGUGUGGAAGCGGCACGGUGCUGAAGAUUCGUGGUGCUUUCACUACUAUCGAGGAUCUAUGCAAGCUCACUCCUGAAGACAACUUGCCCUUCGUUGAAUAUAACAUCCGCAUUUAUAGAGACUGCAACAACUAGACAACUUUCACAUUACAAUUGAAAAAAAUAAAUCAUUUGGGAGACUUAAGCUUCAACCAUACCAACGCGUGCAGAUCGCCAUCACCGGCGCGAUCAUAGGCCAAUGACAGGUCGCGCAAACUGUCAUGGGUCGCGGUAACUGUCAUGGGUCGCGCAAACUGUCAUGGGUCGCGCAAACUGUCAUGGGUCGCGCAAACUGUCAUUGGCCCAUGAUCGCGAGAUUUAUGUCCAGCUGUGGACUGGUUAGAAUGAUGAUGAUGGAUGAAUAUAAUGAAAUUCUAGAAAUUUGGAGAUCCAAUUGUAGUUCAUCUUAUCAUAGCCGAUACAAAAAUAGGGGUAUUUUUAGAAACUAACUCGAAAACCAGUGAAUCUCACGAUAAAAACUUAAAAAAUAAAGCAGACUGAGCGAGUUAAAUUGUUACUCUCUCAGUUAGGUCAAAUUCUGAAAGCGUCGCGGUAACGUCGCGCUCACGUUGCGUUCACGUCUCCCUUCCGCCGCGCUGUAGUCACGCUGCCUUUACAUCACAGACUUCUCCAGAAUCUCUUUCAUUAACUUUAAUUUAGUAAAUAAUAUAAAAUCGUAAACAUAAUGACAUAAGACAUUGUCUUAAACUACAUAGUUACAUCAUGUAGAGUCAAUCAAUUGAUUGAACAUUAAAUUUUAAUACUUCACAAAGUAAAUGAUGAUGAUUAAUAUCAUCC